AUGGUAUCUUUCGACGUAGAAUCGCUGUUUACCAACGUUCCUAUCGACGCCGCUGUACAAGCCGCACUGCAGAAACUCGAGAAUGACCCAAGCCUUGCAUACCACACCAAAUAAACGCCUGCACAGAUCGCUGACCUUUUGACCUUCGUAUUGAGAUCCACAUACUUCAAGUAUAACGGAUCGAUUUACGAACAAAAAGACGGCGCCGCCAUGGGGAGUCCGGUUUCCGCUGUAAUUGCUAACCUCUACAAGGAGAGUUUCGCAGAACAGGCGAUGACUACAUCAUUCUACGAGCCUAGGAUCUGGAAACGCUACAUGGACGAUACCUUUACCAUCCUGGAUCGCGAAAACGUAGAUGACUUCUUACAGUAUUUAAACAACCAGCAGCCUUCCAUCCGCUUCACCAUGGAGACAGAGAAAGACAACAAACUCGCCUUCCUAGACACCGCAGUUUUAAGAGAACCUGACGGUCCCCUCACCACCAGCGUAUACAGGAAGCCCACGCACACCGAUCAAUACUUAGCGUAUGAUUGA